AUGGAUAAAUUGAGCAAGCAAGAAAAGGCCGAAGCGAGACAACUGUUCGAAAAUCAACUCCGUUAUGCAUUUAUUAAAUAUGAUUAUGUGGAUGAUGAAGAAGACAACACUGAGGCAACCGUGGACGGUGGGGUCGGGUCGGGUAGGCUAUGUCGUAAAUACCUGGAGCAAAUCCGAGCUUCAUGGAAUGUCAUGAAAGUGGAAGAAACGAGAAGGGUAUGUCACGACCUUAGUGGAGAUCCGUGA